GCAAGAGCCUCUACAUCGUCACAGUGUGCACUUGUGAGUCCUCCUCGAGACAGCAGCUCCUGUUACUCCCAUAGAGAUGGACACUGAGAUUGUGGAGAAUAUUGUUCUGCUGGCCGUUGUCACUUUGAUAAGUGUCAUCCAGAAUGUUUCAUUUGCAUUCAAAGUUGAGAACGAAUCCAAGAACCAGCAAUCCAAGAGUUUCCAGAGAACCGGCUCCCUGGCAUUUGAGAAAGUGUAUACAGCAAACCAGAACUGUAUUGAUGCUUAUCCAACCUUUCUAGCGGUGCUGUGGUGCGCAGGACUGCUCUGUAGUCAAGUACCUGCAGCCUUCGCUGGCCUCAUCUAUUUGUUCGUCAGACAGAAGUACUUUGUUGGAUAUCUGGGAGAAAAGACACAGAGUACCCCAGGAUAUAUUUUUGGAAAGCGUAUCAUCUUUUUCCUGUUUGCUAUGUCAGUGGCUGGCAUCCUGAACUAUUACCUUGUUUUAGUUUUUGGAAGCAGCAUAGAAAUGCACCUGAAAACAUUGAGCAGCGUUAUCUCACCAUUACUUCUCAUACCAUAAACCUGAGGUCUUUAGGCUAUAUGGGCUCAGUUCCCCUUUUUGCGGUCCGCAAUUGAGUACUCCCUAUUGAGCCUAUAAAAACAACAGCCAUUAUCCUACAUUUUCAGGUAUAUCUAGGACUGUAUAUAAGCUGUAAACACCUAACUAUCCUUUGGGCUGGGCCCCCUUGGGUUUUUAUUGUUUUUAUUUGUGGAAGCCAGUGCCAUAAUCAUUAAUAGGGAUGCACCGAAUCCAGGAUUCAGGAU